CACAACCCCGAGGAGGUCACAGCUCCGGCACCGCCGCGCUCUCCUGUCGGGACUUCUCGAGCCCUAACCCGGGUGUUUUUGUCAGCUUUUCGCGGUUAAAGAGGAGAAAAUGUUUUGACUGAGACAUGAGGUGCAGUCAGGAGGAGUUUGUUGGAACUAAAAGGCGACAACUCGGCGGGAAAAGUCGCUGCAGUUUGUGAAGCAACAGGGCCAGGAGCAUGACUGAGCAGCAGGAGCAGAACGAAGAAACAGGCCUGCUCUCCACGCAGGACCUGGACCACUCCAAGGACGAUGACACACACGGCCACUUCAGGUUUCAUCUGAUUGAAGACCUCUCGUACGAAGACGUGAAGAAAUGUUACCGGGGCUCGUGUGUGUCUUGCAGCAGCUUGCUCCAGGCCUUGGAUGUGCGCGAGUGUGUGUGUGUGUACGGUGCCAACGUGCUGAGCCUGGUGCAGAGCUCGCGUCCUUUGAGGGAGAGGGUGGUGUCUGCCGCGAGCGGAGCCGGAGUGGCCGGUGGUGGCGGAGUGGCCGGCGGAGCGGCCGGCGGUGCUGUGCAGGCAGGCCGGUCCGCCAAGGAGCUGCUCAUGACUCUGCCCUGUCCCUCUGCACAGACUGUCAGCAAGUACAACUCGCAGUACCACAAACUGUUCCAGUGUGUGCCCAAGGAUGAGAUCCUCAUGAAAGUGUACUCCUGUGCUCUUCUCAGAGACAUCCUUCUACAAGGCCGGCUCUACAUUUCCAGAAACUGGCUGUGUUUCUAUGCCAACCUCUUCGGCAAGGACAUAAAGGUGGCUAUCCCUGUUGUUUCUGUGAGGCUGGUGAAGAAGCACAAAACAGCAGGCCUUGUCCCCAAUGGCUUGGCUAUCACCACAGACACCGGCCAGAAGUAUGUAUUUGUAUCUCUGCUAUCGAGAGACAGCGUAUAUGAUGUCCUCCGCAGGAUCUGCACACACCUACAGGUCAAUGGGAAGAGUCUGAGCUUGAAGCAGUUCAUGGAGGAGCCGACACUAUCGCUGGACGAGUUCCCGGCUCCAGACGAGUUCCCGGUGGUCGACGAGUUCCCAUCAGUGUUAAAGUGGAGAAGGAAACCGUCAGUGGUGUCUGUGUCGUCCUCCCUCCCUGACCUCCUGGGGAACUCCACCAGCAGCCUGAGCGCCGCCGACACGCCCUUCAAAUCAGAGCAGCCGCUGGAAGAGCGAGCUCUGCAAACAGACAGAGGUCUUUUAUCAGAGCCACUGGCAGAGCUGGGCCAGAUGGAGUACCAGCUGCUCAAGUUCUUCACCCUGCUUAUCAUUCUCCUCAUCCUGUCGUCGUGCUACCUGGCCUUUCGUGUGUGCAGUCUGGAGCAGCAGCUGUCCUUCCUCAGUAACCCAAAUCUGCCCCUGAGAGAGAGGUAACCUCUGCUCUCCGCUCUGACCCAUCAGAUUAGCGCCUGAUUUCUCUUCUAAUACUCGGAGUUGCCCUCCUACACAGAUCCAGGACCAGCUUUAGAGCCCAGAAAUGAUCAAGCAACCCCCGCACCAGCUGCAAAACAUGAAGGAGCAGCAUCAACCGAGUCCAGGCAUCUUCCCCUCAGCGGAACGACUUCCUAUGUAGUGAUCACUUCCAGACUAUGCAAACCAGACUGUCUAUUUAUUUGUGAAUUUUAAAGUAGAUUUUACUGUUCAGGGCUCCAGAUUAACUUUUUACAUUGGUUGCACUGGUGCACCUAACUUUUAUCUCAUUUAGGUACACUGGCAAAUAAUUUAGAUGCACCUAACAAUUUUCACUUUGCCUUUUGACGUUGCAAUAAUACAUUUCAAACUUUUAACCUUUUUCAUCAGUUCCCAUACACAUUAGCCAUAUCUUUACAGAUAAUGUAAAGAAUUGUAAACUGGGAAGAUGUUGGGUCAGGGUUGAGGGUUUGGAGCGAUUACCUCUGCUGGUGAUAUCGAGUCAGGGCUGACCUUUAACGGUUGGAGACAGGUGUAAUUGGCAGCAUUUUUAUUGAAGAAAAUCAAUUUUCAAUUUUUCAUUUUAUCUUCAUUUUAGAUGACCCAUAUGUGAUGCUGCUGGAGGAGAAAUAUAAGGUUCAGUUUCACACAUACACGCUAGGGUUUAAUCCCAAGGCAGUUCAAAGAAGGCUGGGUCACACUCUUUGACCCCAUGGGAGCUAUGGGGUGUGAGGAACCAGCAAGGUGGAGGGCAUGCAGAUCUGAAGGACUUUUACAGGUGCUGGAUCAAAAAAUCAAACUAAGGUAAGAAUCAAACAAAAGAUCCGCACACUGUAUUGAAAGCUCCCAGUAAAUUGUGAUUGUGCAGCGUUUCGAUCUAACAGAUAUCUGGCCGAGCUAUGGAGUGUGAGACAUGCGCAGUGUAGCUGGAGCUGCGGUGUUGGAGGGUUACAGCGGACGGGGCUAGAAAUAAAGCGAUGGUGUCCACUCAGGUGCUCUUUGGGUGCGAAAAAAACCUGGUUAACAAAACCUUUGGUUACACUCAAAGGGAUGGUGGAUGAUAAACAGUAGAACAUUUGCACAUAGGGAGCUUUUGACAUUUUAAUAAUUACAGAAUUGUAAUUUUCUCCCAUUUUUUCAUUUUUCGAACAAAAAUACUGCAACCAAAGGACGUUUCAGGAAAAGCAAUCCAAGGUGCUCAUGUUCUGUGAUAGUACGCCAGCUAUUGAGCCUUGAGUGUGCAUGUGUUAGGAUGCAAUAUGACACUGUGACUUUCUUUUUAACCUCCUUGUUUAAAUUCGGGAAACAGGAUUCCCGCAAGUCCACGUCCAACAUCCUUUCAGUUAACAGGGAAAUAUGGAAUCAUUCAAAAAGUCGGUCAAAUUGACAUCACAGCAACAUGGCGGCGCACACGGUGAAUGGGAAGCAGAAUUAUUGCAAUUCUUUACUUUUCUGUAGUGUUUGUGGUUUGAAGCGUGCUUUAACAACUUCGAAGUGGCAUUUCCAUUCAGUUGAUUUGUGUUUGAUAGAAGUCUUUGUGAGCAUGUAGUAGCCUACUAGCCUGUUAGCUAUGAAUCUGCAUGUAGCCAAAUCAGAAUCGGAAGUCGGAAAAACCCACACAGAAUCAUCAAAUUUUGACUUGCAAUGGUACACAGCAAAAAAAUACAGAAACCAGGCAAGACGUGUUACGUUCCAGGUGUAAAUCAAUUAGGCUGAUGUGUACAAAAUAUAUAUAUAAAUAUAUAUAUCCCUUGACCCCAAUCAGAAAUACGUAAGUCAUAUACGUAGUAUGUCGUUUCAUGUGGAUGCAGUUGUUGGAGUAGGAAGUGGGCCCACAUGCCUUUUUUUUUUUUUUUUUGCCCACCUGCAGUCAGGAUCAGGAAAUUAGGUUCAGAGCCAAUCAGGGUCUUUGCAGAAUGUGUGUGGGGGGAAAAAGAGCACUCACACACACACACACACUCACACACACAAAGACAGACCUGCUAAAUGUCAGGUGCACCGAUGCACCCAGUGAAAAAGUUUAAUCAUACUUGCCAUAUUUUUGGUUGCACUCUGGAGCCCUGCUGUAGAUGAUGAUUGUCUCCCCUGACCUCUCCCUCUCGCAGACAUUUAAACUACGUGACUCUGCAGUGUAAACCCUCAAAUAAUGAGCAGAUUGUCGUCGAAGCUGCUGUUUGGUGACACUGGUGAAGUUUAGGAGUGGUGCUGGAGACUAGAGGUGAGGUUGGUGUUGGAGUGUGGAAAGGUAAGAGAUAAUUCAACACAUUGAUGACUGAGAAAGACUGACGGUUAAGAUAUUUCAGGUCAGUUUUGGUGUUAAUCUUGUCACAGCCUUCAGUUGGACGGCUACAACAAGCUACGACGAUGCACUUUUUAAAAUAUGUCCACAUUAUUUCAGAUAUAUGCAACUGUUUUAAGAGUUUAGAUCUAUUUUUGCUCGAUAUUAGGUACUCAGAUGUCAUUUUUGAGGGUAUUUAUGGAAGAAAGUCGACAGACUCUUGACCGAAUGAAGUUAUGUCAACUAUAAUAUACUGGAGUGAUAACACCACCUGGGUGUUAACUAUAAUGUGAAUGAAAUGGUGAGGUGACAUGCAUAAUUUCUAUUUUUAGUUGUACUAAUCUGCUGUGUGAAAGGAGUUACCAGGGUUUUUUUUCUUUUAUACAUUUCAAAUGAAGUCACCAAAGACUUAAAAAUGAGUGUUCAUGUGAUUAUAUAUCUUUGUUUGAAGAUAUUUAAUGAAAUUUGCAGAAAUCUGGAAUGUAGUCCUAUAAUAGUUUGUGAAAUCCCUAUGAAUUAAAUUGGCAACAAACUGUAGAUUAA